AUGAUGGGGAGGCCCUGCCUGCCCACAGUGGGGCGCCCCUGCUCGUGGAGGAGAACGCCCCGCCCAUCCCCACAGCAGACCCCAGUCCAGUACCUGCUCCCCGAAGCCAAGGCCCAGGACUCGGACAAGAUCUGCGUAGUCAUCGACCUGGACGAGACCCUGGUGCACAGCUCCUUCAAGCCAGUGAACAAUGCCGACUUCAUCAUCCCUGUGGAGAUUGAUGGGGUGGUCCACCAGGUCUAUGUGCUGAAGCGGCCCCACGUCGACGAGUUCCUGCAACGGAUGGGUGAGCUCUUCGAAUGCGUGCUGUUCACCGCCAGCCUUGCCAAGUACGCAGACCCAGUAGCUGACCUGCUGGACAAGUGGGGGGCCUUCCGGGCGCGGCUGUUUCGUGAAUCAUGCGUCUUCCACCGGGGGAACUACGUGAAGGACCUGAGCCGGCUGGGCCGAGACCUUCGGCGGGUGCUCAUCCUGGACAACUCGCCCGCCUCCUAUGUCUUCCAUCCAGAUAACGCCGUACCGGUGGCCUCGUGGUUUGACAACAUGAGUGACACGGAGCUCCACGACCUCCUGCCCUUCUUCGAGCAGCUCAGCCGUGUGGAUGACGUGUACUCAGUGCUCAGGCAGCCUCGGCCCGGCAGCUAG